UUUGCGAUGCUGGUUGUUAAAGUUUAACAUUUUAAAAUUUACGCUGUCAAUAACAUGAAACAUUCAAGGUUUAAAUUUUAUGUUUUCGUUGCCUUGAUAAAGUGGAUCGUUCUUUGAAUUAAAUUACAUAUUAUGAUAAUAUUUACUGAAAGUAACUUGAUAUUGGAUAUUUCUUGAACAUUACAAUAUUAUGGUCAUCGCCAUCACAUGUAACAGACUACCGGCACCAUGUGGACGUUUGCUGCAGUCACGUGUCUUCUAGUUACUUUCGUCUGCUGUCAACUUCCGUCUGACGUCACUUAUGACGUAUUGGAGAACAAAAGCGCAGGUGUCUUCGUUGGGAAUAUCGCAAGAGACACGCAAGUGACACAGAACACUUCUGAAGUAGUGUCAUUUGCAUUUUAUGAAGAAAAUGAAUUCACUCCAUAUUUUCAAAUAGACACUCAAACCGGAAAUAUCACAACCUCUAGCAAAAUAAUUGAUUUCGAAGCGCUAUGCCAGGUUCGGGAUUGUCAAAUGCAUUUUGAUGUCUCAGUUAGAGGUUCAAGGUUUUUCGCCAUAGUGUCUGUUCAGAUUCGCGUUUUGGAUGUCAAUGACAACGCGCCCGUGUUUACUAACGCUAUGUCUAUGAUUGAUAUUCCAGAGAACGACGCUGUUGGGUCUAUGUACGAGAUUGCUAGUGCUAAAGACGCGGACAUGUUCGAAAACAAUACAAUUCAGAGCUAUCGCAUUGAGCCGCCGACGGCAAUGUUUUCGCUUUUGGCCAGCAAGAAAGAUAGGUCUUUCGGCUUCAAGUUACGUUUGGAGAAAGCAUUAGACAGAGAGUUGCAAGAUUCGUAUAAAUUGAAACUCUUACUCGCCGAUGGUGGGGUACCAUCGGGGAAGACUGCCGAACUUCAAGUCGUUGUCAAUGUUCAAGACACGAAUGACAAUGCACCACAGUUUAUGAACGGCAAAUAUGAAGUUACUAUUAAUGAGACAAUAAUUCCAAACUCUAUCAUCCUUGUGUUGUCGGCGAAGGAUGCUGACAGUGGUGCAAACGCACGCAUCACUUACGGCAUCAAACGUCAGUCUAACCUUGACACCAUUCAGCGUCUUUUUAAAAUCAACGAAAAUACCGGAGAACUGUCUGUUAUUGCUGACUUAACGCAAGAAACUUCCGAACUCUAUGAAUUCAUUGUUGAAGCCAAAGAUGGCGGGGACUCACCGAACGUCAAUGAAACGUCUGUUAAAAUAACCGUAAAUGACGUGGCAAACAACGCUCCGAGUAUCGAAAUAAAGCUUUUCACACCUGGGAACAUUGAUCAUGUUGACGUCGAGGAAAAUCAACCGACGGGAGUAUUUGUUGCUCACGUUAAUGUAGUCGACAGCGAUAAAGGAAUUAAUGGACAGUUUGAUUGUUCUAUUACGAAUCCAGUGUUCGUUUUGGAGAAGUUUCAAAACCGCGGGUAUAAAGUUGUAACGGCACGUUCUCUAGAUCGUGAAACGACCAGCGUACAUAACGUAACCGUUAUCUGCACUGACAGUGGAAAUCCACCAAAAUCUUCUUCAAAGACCUUUUUCGUACGCGUCACUGACGUGAAUGACAAUGACCCUAAAUUUUACGCCAGUAUUUACAACGCCACGAUUAACGAGGAGACUGUCGGUGCUGUCGUUACCCGCGUUGUCGCGUUUGACGUCGACUUGGGGGACAAUGGGACUGUGGAAUAUAUGUUGGACAAGUCCAAUUACGACUUCACCAUCAAUAAAACUACCGGUGUCAUAACGACAAGAAAUAAGCUAGACCGGGAAAGGUCGGACAAGCUUGUGUUUAAAGUUCACGCAGUUGAUAACGGUACCGUACGACGAAACGGAAGUGCUACGGUUGCGGUCACUUUAAUUGACGUAAACGACAACGCCCCAGUGAUCGUCCCCACGCGACCGGAAUUCACGAUCGCGGAGAACAAUUUUGCGAACGUUUCCGUAGGUGUCUUGAAAGCUGAAGACGCGGACAUUGGCAAUAAUGGACAGUUCGAAUUUUCUUUGGCGCCCUUAGACGUUUUCUUGCCUUUUAUCGUUUUACCGAGCGGAGAAAUCAUGGCAACAGAACGCAUGGACCGCGAACAGCAAAACCGCUAUGACUUCUCGGUGACCGUGACCGACCUCGGGGCACCGCUACAGAGCAGCACGCAUACUAUUACCAUCUAUGUAACAGACGAGAAUGACAACGCGCCUCGGGUCACCUUUCCAAACGACAAAAACUACACCGUUACGUUCCUGUAUGUCGUUGAUCAUUACAACGUAGUGACCACGGUAGCAGCUUAUGAUGUUGACGCAGGGGACAAUGGCACACUGGUUUUUUCUAUAGUUAGCGGCAAUGACCGAGAUAUAUUUGGAAUCAAUCCUGAUCUUGGCGAAAUUUCGAUUAAAAACUACGUCGAUAUAAAAGACGAUACUAUGGUUACUUUAACAAUUAAUGUACGAGAUAAAGCAGUUAGUCCCAAGUCUACUCGAGUAGAUUUGAAAAUUCAGCUACUAUACGCCGCUGCUACUUCCAAAAAGAUUGAACAAAAUGGUGGUAGCAAUACAAACAUCAUCAUUACCGUCGUCGUCAUCGUAGCAACGCUUGCAGUCGCUGUGGUCAUUGUCGCUGCUAUUCUCUUUAUAAGGAGAAAAGACAGGCGAAAGAAUCACGAGAAUGUCAGCACAAGAUACUCGGACUCGGGCAUUUCCACUUCUUCCGAAUCAAACAAUCACGAGAUAAGCGCAACUGAAAAUGAUGCAAAUGAAACUGAGAAUACAAAGGACGAUAAGAAGAAGAAAGGCGUCAGUUUCUCAUUUGACGGAUUAGAUGGCGGAAAAAACGUGGAAUCAAGCACGGAUGAACACACAAAAAAUGGGAGGUUCUACGACGAAGCCCCUAGUUAUGGUGGCGUUGCGCCCGUACCCCCCACCUACUCCCUGCAGACACAGGAGAAGAUAGACCGACACAUGAAGGCCCUCAAACUGCAGCAGUACUUGUGGGAGGCCAAGACCCGCCCCUGGGAUAGCGAGGUGCAGAAGUUGCCAAUCGAGGAUAGUGAAAGCGAGACAUCGCGUGACACUGCGACUUGCGAUAGUGGACGUGGCGGAAGUGACGAAGACAUGUCUACGUCAUCACCGAUAUAUGAUGAUAAGAUCCUUUUCGGCAGCUUCGAUACCAGACCACAUAAAAGGGUGACCUUUAUGCCUUCUCACAAUAAUCAAAACAACUUACCAUCGCCCGUUUCGUCAGUGCGUCAGAGCACACCGUUGCAAAAUCCACCUCAUAGUCGCCAGCAACAGAGUUACCACAACCAACCAGACCCUCAGUAUCCAACGGGUAGACUUGCAAUCAAAUCCUUCCCCAACAAACAUAUAAACCCCAAAAUUAGUUUGGACAAUGCGCCCAUUACGUACGGCCAGCAGCCAUUGCAUCCUGCUGAGCCCUGGAAUAACUUGUACUUGGGAGUUCAAAAUGGCGACAGAAGACCGCGCAUGCGCAAUGACAGUGAAAGUUCAUUUAGGUCAAAUGAUGAUGGCGGUUCAACAACGACAUCGGGCAGUUAUACACUUGACACACUUGAUGACUUGCAAGGUGUCUGUGGACAAAGUAGAGAUUAUGUGGUGUGAAUUUUUCUGCAAAUAGUGCUUACUUUAUCUGUGAUAUUUAAGUAAUUCAAUGUACAAAACUGUGUGAUGCAACAUCGAUGUUGUUUCAAACUACAAUUGUGUCAACUAUGUAAAAUCUACAGGCAAACGUGAUUAAGGAUUCGUGUUCUAAGUAGAUCUUCAGGCCUUGUGAACCAUCCUGCCAGUAACCUACAGUACACACCAGAUCGUGCGUUGAGUUUGAGAUACUGUGCGGACACUCCCUAAGAAGAUAAAUCAAGCUGUCGUCACGUCAUAAUGAAAUACUUGAAUAACAAUAGUCUAAUAUUAUUUAAACACUAGUUUAAUGUAGGGCCUAUACACAUAUAUAACACUUUCCUCUCUUGUUGUAUACAGAGGUAGUUUCAGGUCUUUUCGCUGUAAAACUCACCAUGUUUAGAAUUUUGAAAAAACGCGCUGGCCCAUGUUUAUUAUGUAUGCAUUAAAUUAAAUUAUACCAAAUGAAAUUUCACGCUUUGAAUAUGUGUUAUUGUUGAAAAUAUCAUUAUGACAUUGCUAAACAAUUACAUAUUAUUAAGUUACAUGUUGCUACUUGAAUCAACAUAUGCUUUAAAGUCACCUAGAGUAAAUAGGAUUUACAGAAUGUUCCAACAAUGCACAUAAUAAGGUUAUCAUUAACCCAUUUAUGCCUAGUGGACUCUCCCAUCCUUCUAAAUUGGAUCAAUUUAUUUCCAAAAUUAGGGAUGUCUAUUACACAUGUAUUUAUAUCUUUAUUUAGAAUAUUUCUUACAAAAAUGCCUUUAAGCAAACAGCGCAGACCAUGAUGAGACGCCACAUCAUGCGGCGUCUCAUCUGGGUCUACGUUGUUUGCCAAGGCCUUUUUUCUAGACGCUAGGCAAAAAUGGGUUAAAACCAAUCCAUAAAAAACAGCCGACACAAAUGUUGCAAACAAGCACCUGCUUUGAAACAGUGAUGCAGCACUAUUUGUGUCAAAGUUAUACAUAAAAUCAGUGUUAAGCGAAAUAUUUAUCAUAAUAGCUAUCUGUUCUACUUGUUCCAAUUGCCUGCUUGAUAUUAAGCGAUGUUUUGUUGAUUGACCUGUCGUAUUGUGCUUUUUUAUUUUACAUUUUGCAUCAAUUAUCAUUAAUGAGAAUAUACUUGAUAGCAUAUGAUUGUAUAUGUUUUAUGAUCUCAAAGAUUACCUAAGAUUUAAUAAAGAUUUAAAUGUA